CCCUUUAUUAAUAGAGAUCAAAUCGAAUUUCAAAGACUCUCGACUGACUCUUAAGAGUGAAGGCAUGGAGAGAAGAGGCCGUCGAAACCGUUCUUCUUCUUCUUCUCGGGGUUCAAGAUCCUGGAGCAGAGGUGGAACUAGUUCCGCCGAGAAAGUGGAAAACGUCGCCGUUUCCGAUGUUCCCCCCAUAGUGGGUACUUGCACUUUGAUGUGCCCAGAAGCAGAAAGGGCACAGCGGGAGCGCCUUCGCGAUUUAGCUACCUUUGAGAGGCUAAAUGGAAAUCCAGCUCGCUCAUCGCCAUCCAUUGCAGUUAAAAAGUUUUUCAGAACUAUGUCCACCAAACAAGUUCAAGCAUCAGAUGUUCGGCCGCUCCCUGUUUUGGAGGAUACUUUAAAUUACCUCUUAGAGUUGUUUGAUUCUGAAGACUAUCCUUUUGAAGUGAUUCACGACUUCCUCUUUGAUCGAACAAGGUCCAUAAGGCAAGAUCUUAGCAUGCAGAAUAUUGGUGGCGAGAAAGCAAUUCACAUGUAUCAGGAAAUGGUUAAAUUUCAUAUCAUCUCUCUUCAUAAGCUUCGAGGUUGCAGCAGUCAAAAUACUUCUCCAAUGCAUCACCUCAACCUGGAGCAGCUUGCAAAGACCUUGACAUCUCUAUUUAAUCUGUAUGGCGCAAAUCGUCAUUCCAAUUCUACUUAUGAAAAUGAGGCUGAGUUUUGUUCUUUUUAUGUGCUACUUCAUCUUGGUUCUCAUAGCCAACCCCUGGGGGAGUCACUUUCUUGGUGGUUUAGUCAUGUGCCUUCUUCGAUAAUCAAGUCAAAGGAAAUGCAUUUUUCCCGAAAGAUUUUACGAUAUUUUCGGAUGGGUAACUAUAAACGUUUCUUAAGUACUGUAGCAGCUGAGGCAUCUUAUCUUCAAUACUGCAUUAUUGAGCCUUAUGUAGAUGAGGUUCGAGUUUUAGCUGUGUCAUGCAUCAAUAGUGGUGGCUAUAAGCUUCAUCCAUAUCCUCUGUCGCAUUUAUCCAAACUCUUGAUUAUGAAGGAAUCAGAUUUGGAAUCUUUUCUCAAAUCCUGUGGUCUUCAAAUUUGCACUGAUGAAGGACAUAAUUUGUUGCCCACUAAGCAAACGACCUUUUGUCAUCCCAAGGAUGGGUCUCAAAACUACAGGUUUUGGGGCAUGGAACAAUUUGAGAGGUAAUGAAACAAAAGUUGAGGAUAAGAAGCUAAUCAUUAUGGGGAUGAAUAUGGAAAGAUAUUUUCUGCUUGUGGCAAAGACUCGUGCUUCUGAGUUCAAGCAGACAAUCCAACUGUUGAUAUAAGCGUAGAAAGGUCUGAUUCUUCUAAUUGGAAAUGAUAACGUUGAUAAGCAUUGUUCUUCAGAUGGUAGCAAUGAUGUAAAUCUUAAGCUAGCCAGAUAUGAGGUGUGAUGAUUGUGCGAGUAUCCAUGGGAGUUUAAUAUCUCAAGGAAGUUAUUGCCCAAAAUGGAGUAUGUAGGUAUGUUGACUUUGAUAUUUGAGUGACUGCAAUAUUCUGACUGAAGAUGUAAAGUCCAUUUUGGAUGUGUAUCAGAGACUUCUACUUCCUUGCUAUCAUCCAAAGUGCGCUGCUCACGACUCGGUUCAUAUUUCUCGUCAACUCAUUCUUCUGAGGAAGCUUCGAGAAAGUUUAUUAACGAACACGUCUAAUGUACUGUAAAUGACUGUAUUACCAAUGUGGGAUGUGCAAACACUGUCUACUCCCCAACUUUCUUGCCUUUGACACAUGGUGAUGUUGUAACUUUCAAGCAUGUAAUAGACCUAUAAAACUACAUGUAAUUCCUUUGUAGUGCCAAGUAUUCUUU